AGCGAUAGUUGAUUUAAACAAGGAAAUUCAUUAUUUUUGAGAUACCAGCUGAUCUCAAAGCGUAGAGCUCUGAGAUACACUACUCACAAUGCAGGCAGCCGAAACUGAGCCCAAGCGUACCAAGAGUUAUAUUGAUGAGGUAUACCGACUUUUAGAGGAAAAGCCAGGGGUUGAAGAAAUAUUAAUCAUGAAUCGUUCCGGUGUGCCGAUCAAAACGUCAAUGGAACGCCAAGAUGCACUUCAACAUGCCUGUCUUUAUGAGAAUUUGCGUGAAAAGUGUCAGGCAUUUCUAUCAAAAAUGGAGCCACCACAGCUCCUGACCAUGUUGCGAGUCCGUACCAGAUUCCACGAGGUCCUGCUAACACCUGAUGGCAAGUGCAAAAUCCAAAGGAUACACAUCUUAAGGUUGAGGAUCUAAAUCGUCAUUCCUCCAAUUUUUAAAUAAUUGCUCCUACAUAUAUCUACGUUGUUAGUCAUCCAACUUCUUACACGUAAAACAUUCUUCUCACUUUGUACACAGCCUAAACACAACAAACUGUUCAUUUAUGUGACUACCUGAAUAUAAAUUCAAUCAAAUAAGUAAUAAAUAGUCCUCAGAGCUUCAGCUUAAAAACAAAA